GUGGCGCCAGAGCCGUUCACGGAGAGCCAGAUGCAGUCUGCUUAUCUUUAGCAGAGUUAGCUUGGAGGACGGAGAGGUCAUCAUGGUCAGACAAACCAGGAGGACGGACAGGUGUUUCCUUCCUGCAGUGGGAGGUGGCGUAGCGAAGGUUCGAUUCCCUGCAGGUCCCCCAGCUCAGCAGGCACCAGGAAGCUGCGACGCUCGGCCCCACAGCAGUGCCGCCGCGAGGGAGAAGAGAGCAGCCGAUGGGCGGAGCCAGGGAGGUCAGGGGUCGGCUGGAGGUUCAGGAGAGGUUCAGCUGAAGAGAGCGCGACAGAAUGGUCAGAAUCAAAGUUUUGUUUCCUGCAGAACUGAGGCGGCUGCAGCUCUGGCCAAUAGGAACAAAGCCCCCGGGUCAUGUGACCCAGGAGGAGAUGGUUCUGGUUCUGACCAGCAGGGGGCAGCAGAGGACAGCCGAGCAGCUCAGCUGCAGAGCGUGGCCUCCCUGAAGGUCACCAUCCAGCAGAGCAGCGACAGCCGAGAGUUCGGUCCGGCUGACAGGACCUCCACUGCUCUCCACUGUCAUGUCUGUAACCUCACCUGUCGCUCCCCGCAGGUGUUUCAGGAGCACAUGUCAGGGCGAGAACACCUGAGGAAGCUGCAGGACAUCACACAGAGCAUCCAGCUCAACGCUGGGCCCCUGCUGGACAGGAGGCGCCGGCCACAGGCGCAGCGCUGGUGUGACACCUGCCAGGUCCAUUUCAGAGGUGACAUCAUCGUCCACAGACGGACGGAGCAACACAAGGUGUGUAAGCAGCGGGGGCGACCCUUCUGUCCGGUCUGUCAGAGACACUUCAGGACGCCCAGGAAGUUUGUGGAGCACAUAAAGUCUGUGGAGCAUAAGGAACAGGUGCAGCUGGGGGACGAGCAGGAGGAGGAGCUCAUCACUGUGGACGCUCUGGGCUGCUUCGAGGAAGAGGAAGUAGAGGUGGUAGAUGAGGAUGAAGAGACGGCGCCAUCUGAGGUUCAGGGGUCAGAGACUGUUGAUGCCAAAGAGUCGGAGGAAGAAGAAGACGAGUUCGAUCCUCAGCUGACUUACGGAAGCAGCUUCGUGGUUCCGGUUCGCGGCUUCGUCUGUCGACUCUGCAACAAAUUCUUCUACAGAGAGACGGCGGCGAGACACACACACUGCAGGACGCACACACACUUCCUCAACCUGCAGAACCACAGAGCUCAGAGACGAAGGGAAGAGGAAGAGGAGGAUGAAGACAGGUCUGCCCUGACCUCAUGACUCCACUUCCCAGAAUGCAUCAGGGGAUCCUGGCGACGUCAUGAUGUUCUGAGAACUCGUGGUCUCCACCUGGUGGCCGCUGCAGGAACAGCAGCUGUGUCCCUUAAAGGAGCAGAGCGCCAACUGAACGCUGGGCAGGAAUGGAGCUCCAUAGCUUCAGUUUAUACAGCAGCAACAUCAGCAGGUCAGAGGUCAGAAGAGAAGCCAGCAGCUGCUUCUACUGGUUCUACUGGUUUUCCUUACAUCCCACUGGGAGGAGACUGGUUUUCAGACCUGGUUCUGGUCUGGCUCAUGUCCAUUUUGGGCAGAUUGGGCCGGAUCCUCUAGAAUAAUGAUCAGAACUUAUUGAAAUGAGAUUAAAUUGAACGUCUUCUCACACCGAUCAUCACCAGGAGUCAUUUUUACAAAUGUUUUUGCAAUAAAAAAGAAACACUGCCACCUACAGGUGGGAGUAAGCAUUACACCGCUAACUGAUUUUCUAUGAAUUUCUAAGAAAAACUGCAGGAAGUGAUGGAUGUACUGUGAUGAAAACUGAUUUGAUAAAUAAAAUAAUAUUCAAAGGUUUAUGUGUCCAGAGGGCCGCAUGAGGAGCUGCGGCGGGCCGGAUUUGGCCCCCGGGCCUUGAGUUUGACACCUGUUCUGGGUGAUGUUUUUAUUAAUGUAACGGAUAGUAAAUUAUUCAAAGUUGUAAAUUAUAUAAAGUGAAUUUUGUAAAUAAUUUGAAAUGAAUUUGCAGAUUUAUGGAUGUUUGUUUUGAUGAACGCUGUUGGUUGUUUAGUUUUAGUUUAAAGGUGUUUUUACUUUGUAAUGUUUGUUUUGUUUUGUACCUGGCGGGCUGCCGUAGCCAAUGAGGGCAGGCCUUACUGAGGCCUUCAGGUGCAUCAUGGGAAACAGACAGAAACUCAGCCUGGUUUGGCUGUUUGCAUCUUAAAGCUCAGAUUUUGUAUUUUAAUGUUUGUAUUUAGUUGCCAUGGUGAUGAUGAUCUGGAUCAAAGAAAUAAAACACUGAAAAUCACCUGUUACUGCAUGAACGAAUGAAUGAAUGAAUGAAUGAAUGAAGAGCUGCUGCUAUUGAAGUUCUUAUUUUGAAAUUAAAGAGAAAUUUUGUGUGAAAACUGAA